CGGCGGGCGGCGCUGUCAGUAAAGGGUUAAGCAGGGAGACUGCAGCACAAGUUUCUCCUUUCUGCCCACAGCUCACCGGAAAACUUCCGAGUGCUGCGCCACUCUCCUCUCCAAGCUGGGUUUGAUUCUACUCAUUUACACCUCCUCAGCCGGCGGCCAUCACAGCAGCACAAACGAAGCACGGCUCUCCGCCAGCGGCUCUCCGCAGCACGGUGUGCUUUUCAGCAGGUACGCUCGUUUUGUUCACCGCUGUGUCCAGGUAGUGCUUCGAUACUGCCAGGAUGUGUGAAUACUGAGAAUCAGCCGCUCAGUUGACCUCCCUUCCCCCCGACACUUUACUGCUGUGUCCGUUUUCCAGUGAGUCUUGUUCUACACCAUGUCUGCAGAGGUAGAGAAUCCAGUGUCCCUCCCAGCUGAUCCCAGUACAGUGCCUCAGUCUGCAGCCUUGACCUCAAAUACGCCUCCCACCUCCCCUGCAACAGCCCCAUCAAAGGCCCCGUCCAAGAAAGACAAGAAGAAAGUUCUUGAGAAGACAGAUGAGUACCUGCUGGGCAGGUUUCAGGGAGAUGGUGUGAGGUACAAGGCAAAGCUCAUUGGCAUUGAUGAUGUCCCAGAAGCCCGAGGUGACAAGAUGUGCCAGGACUCCAUGAUGAAACUAAAGGGUAUGGCAGUAGCUGCACGGUCCCAAGGGAAACACAAACAGAGGAUCUGGAUAAACAUCUCAAUGUCAGGCAUCAAGAUUAUUGAUGAGAAAUCUGGAGUGAUUGAACAUGAGCAUGCAGUGAAUAAGAUCUCCUUCAUCGCCAGAGACAUAACGGACAACAGAGCGUUUGGAUACGUGUGUGGAGCAGAGGGUCAGCAUCAGUUCUUUGCCAUAAAGACAGCACAACAGGCUGAGCCCCUGGUCCUUGAUCUAAAGGACCUCUUUCAGCUCAUCUUCAACAUGAGGAAGAAAGAAGCAGAGGCCUCACAGAAGGGUGAAAAUGGAAAUGCAGUGGUUGAGAAUGGAAGUGACAGUAGUGGAGCAAAACCAACUCAACCAGUGGAGCAGUUGGACCUUUUCGGAGACAUGUCAACCCCUCCAGAUGUUCAGGCUCCAGCUGAUUCUAAUGAUAUUCUCUUGCUGGAUUUGUCCACUGAAGUUGACAGCAAUCAGAAUUUCAUAAAGGGAAACUGCUUUGUAACUUCGUGCACCCCUAAUGGCCUGCCAUCUCCUCAGACAAUGAAUCCCUUUUCCUCAUCGUUUGGUUACUUUCCAACCCCAGACAAUGACCCGUUCAGAGAUGACCCCCUUUCCUUGUCUCCCCCCUAUAAAUCGGAGGUCUCCCUUAAUGCCACCAAUGGCAGCACUUCGAAGCAGAUUCUAAGCAGCUGUUUGAACGGCAGUCCUGAACACCCAAGUCAGCAGACGAAUGGUUUUUCCAGUAAGACCAUGAUCUUCGCUCUCAGUAACGGCCAGUGGCCACUAGGAGGCAAAAUAACUGAAGGCAGUGCAGUAAGUAUAACGGAGAGCAAUGACUGUGGGCUGUUUCAAUCAACGAACAAUCCAUUUUUUGACACUGCUUUGACACCGCCCCUCUCUAAUGGCAUAACUCGCCACCCGCAACACCAAGUGACCCAUAGCAAGGACUCAGUUCUCAUUAACCCACCGCCACAGAGCGCUAAGAGUGGAGGAGGUCGACGGAGCGCAAAGUCUUCAGCAAAUGAGCUUUUUGCAACAGACCUGUUUUCUGCUGCGGGUCAACCUGAGCAGUCACCUGCUUCAGGUGAGCUUUUCAGCGGUGCACCUGCCGACACGGCUCCUUCCGCCAUAGCUGCUCUCGGGAAUCUUCAAUUACACGCUCCAACUACAGCAAAUGUCCCCGCUGCAGGCAUGUGGGGAGCCCCUGCGACCGUGCCAUCCAUGUACCCCAUGUCGGGAAUGACUGCUCCUGGUCCUAACCCCAGUUUUCCACAGCCAUCCGCCUUUGGUGGUCUUCCUGUGGCUCCCGCUGCCUGGAGCCAGCCGAUGUCUCCUCAGUUUGGAGGCCAGCCUCUCUCCCCACCUCACUUGUCUUGGGGCCACCCUCCAGCUAUUGGGUCUCCUAGUUGGCGUCAGCCUGCUUCAACAAACCCUUUCCACCCUGGUGCAUUCUCUGCACUCAGUGACCAGCCCGGCCCAUCGCGUCCCCCUCCUAGACCACCAGCAACAGAAGCCCCUUUGAGGGUGGAGAACAGUGCCUUCACAGCUUUGGACCCACUUGGAGAUAAAGAGAAGAAAUUUGGGAAGGACAUGUUCAAAGACUUCCAGAUGGCUAAGCCACCUGCCAUCCCUGCAAGGAAAGGGGAACAAGCAUCUGGCUCUGCUCCAGCAGUUGGCAGUACAGGGGAUGCCUUUGAGCAGUACUUUUCCAGUAAAGUUGGAGUAGCUCAAGUUGCUGCAGACCAUGAUGAUUUUGAUAUCAGUCAACUGUCAGCUGGUCUUAAUGAUGUAGUUAAACCAGCUCAAGCUGCUGCCUCGCCUCAAAGUGUGAACACAGGCCUUGUUAAUGCUGCCUGCUUUCCUGCUCCCAUGACAAACACCUCCGCACCAACCCAGGGAAAAGGCCCGGACAUGUUCGAUGAAGCUUUUGGGACGCCAACAUCUAAUCAGUUUGGCCUGCCACCUAGUGCUUCCGGUGGUCAGACAACUGGGUCAACAGCCACUUUUGAGGAUCCAUUUGGAAAUCCUUUUGCUUGAACAUAACUUUAUUCAGAGAGCGGAUGGAACUUGCUGCCAUCAAAUAACAUUAUUUGGACAAGUUGCUACAACUUAUGCAAGACAAUCCAAAUCAUGAACUCUUCUGAUGUUUUUUUUUUGUUUUUCAUCCACCUUUAUUUUUACAAUGUUCUGUCCAAUCAGUAGUUGACUUAUAUUUGAAGACCACUGAUUUAGAAGAAACAUCAUGAUCUGCUGAAGUAAGAACUGUGGUGUUUGACGGGGGGGGGAUGCCCAAAGGUGUGAUCUGCUGAUGUUGUCUUAAAAAAUAAAGUAAUUAAGUCAUG